UCUAUCUCUCUCUCUUUAUAGUCCCUCUUGGUUAGGUAUACAUAUAUACAUAUAUAUAUAUAUAUAUAUUUAUAAUUUUUUGGUUUAAGAAAGAAACAUAUGGAAGGUUCUUGUUGUUCAUGGAAGGGAAUGAUGGAUGAUGGGGACGAACCUCAUGUACUGGCAGUUGAUGAUAACCUCAUUGAUCUCAAACUAGUUGAGAAGUUACUCAAGAACUCUUCUUGCAAAGUGACUACUGCUGAAAAUGCAUUGAUGGCAUUGGAGUAUUUGGGCUUGGGAGAUGAUCACAAGAACAAAUCAAAUGGCAGUGAUUUGAAGGUAAAUUUGAUAAUUACAGAUUAUUGUAUGCCAGGAAUGACGGGCUAUGAGCUGCUUAAGAAAAUAAAGAAGUCAUCCAACAUGAAGGAGGUUCCAGUUGUGAUCAUGUCAUCCGAGAACAUCCCAACUCGAAUAAAUAAAUGCUUAGAAGAAGGAGCUCAGAUGUUCAUGUUAAAGCCAAUCAAACAAUCGGAUGUGAAGGAAUUGAGACGUCGAAUGACGAAAUACAGAAGCUAAAAGCAUUCUUGAGGAAGUUAGGAGGAGCAUUUAGGAGUACCUGAACAGCUAGAGGAAGCCACAUACAUAACCAGUUAACUGAAGACCACUCAGAAGCAUUCUGUUAUUAGACCAGUUUGCUUCAGCAGGGAAUUAGUUCAUUUUACUUCAAUUUUACCCUCUACCUCCAUAGAAUUCAAUCACGAGUAGUUUCAAUGAAAUUUUCUACUAUUUUUCCUGUUCGGUGUCCGAGAAAAUUUGGCAUAGAAUGCUAAUUAGGAAAAUGAGGGUGGGUCUUGGCCCCUGUUGCAAAGGAUUGCUCCACUGUGAAUGGGUCAUGAGUUUGAAACUGGAAACACUCUUUUCCGAUGCAAAAGUAUGGUUACAUGAUACAUCUAACACUCCUGAAUAACUAACAAAGUCUCGUGCACUAAACUAGUCCAUCCUUUUCGGAUGAAGUAUGCCCUUUUACUACUGAUUAUGAAAAUAGUUGUUAUUUCUUUUUCUUUUUAAAUUUUCCACCUUUUACUGUCCUACAACUUAACUUUUCUUAAUUCUUAUCUUAGUAUCUCUUCAUAAUUCAGAAAAAAAGAAAAAGAAAAAAAAAGAAAGAGCUAUAUAAGGAAAUAAAAUGUACAUU